AUGAAUGCCAUCGGGCAGGCGUCGCUCCCUGCGACGCUACAGACUUGUAUUGCUCUCUGCCAGCGGUUUGCGGCCUCCUUGUCUCCAGACGCUCCGUUUGAGGUGCCUCGGACACAACCAACUGCGCCCUCUCCUCUGGUCCUUCUGCAUGCUGCUGUGACGACUCUCAGAGCUCAAGUCACCAAGCUGUCGCUACUGGCCAUUACAGCUCCUUUCACUGCGAGUGCGGUUACAACGUGCUUGGCGCCCCUCAAUGAGUCGAUUCUUACGUCCCUGGUGACGGCUGCGUUACUCGCAACACCGGAGCUAUUCACGCCUUCGUUCUCCGCGGAGUGCCGCAAUCUGGCUGCUGUGACCUUUCGUGAUCUGAAAACACUUUUGGAACUGCUAGAGGUGCGAAGUCGUGAUAGCAGCUUGACAGUAUCGCUUCAGGACUCGGCCAAGAAACCGUUCACAGAAGCAACAGGCAAGAUUUGGGAUGAUUGCGACAAUUUGAUUCCGUUGGCUUCAGAAGGAGUUCAUGGAUUUGUUACCAAGAGGGCGAAACAGUGGCUCGACUUGAUGAAAGACGCGGUGGAAGAACUAGAAGAAUGGGAUCCGGAAGACGACGUUGUUGACGAUGACUUACUAGGGGGUGCACACAGCGACGACGACGCAUCCGAUGAUACCGGCGACAAGGACCGUGCCGCCAUAUCUGCAGGCGUCAAGGAACAAGCGUUGAAGGUCCUGAGCCGAAUUCCACAAAGUGUUCAUGUGGUGAUCAAGCAACGGCUUGAGAAAUUCCCAGCAGGGCAAGGUAACGCGGCGCCUUACGCAGCUCAGCUGGAUACCUUGCUCAUGCGGACUCGCCACAUCUCAGAGCUCAUCGACGAAUCAGCCGAAGCAAUGUACCUAGGCGACUUGGAGCUAUGUCUGAAGAAGGCUGGUGAAGCCCGAGCCGUUACCAUUGACAUCGUCGAAUCAGUGACCGACCCAUUUGUACAAGCGCACGACGAGACCGCUUCACGGCUCGGAACGAAGGAGGACAAAUACAUUCAACGUGCGCUCGAAUGGAUCCGACAAGUAGAUACCGGUGCUCAUCCACGAGGGCCGUCUUUGAGUCAACUCGACUGA